AUGUCCAACCUCGGCGGCGGCGGCGCCGAGGCGCACGCGCGCUUCAAGCAGUACGACUACCGCGCCAACUCCAGCCUCGUGCUCACCACCGACUCCCGCCCGCGCGACACCCACGAGCCCACCGGCGAGCCCGAGACGCUCUGGGGCAAGAUCGACCCGAGGUCCUUCGGCGACCGCGCCGUCCAGAACAAGCCGCCCGAGCUCGAGGAGAAGCUCUCCAAGUCGCGAACAAAAAAGUCCAAGCGCCGGGACGACGCCGCGGUCGACCCUGCCGCCGCCGCCUCCCCCGCCGCGACAAGUCAGCUUAUCAGUUCCCAAGAACCAUAA